AUGGUUUUUGCUGCGAAUGAUCAUACCGAAAGAAGUAACACAAAAGAAAGGCAGCAACCAAUUUUUCUGAAGACAGUUUUGGGCAAUUCCGAUAAAACUUCUGAUACCCUGAAUACAAGCAACUGCCGCGAAUCUCAAAUAUUGUGA